AUGUCUGCAAACUCUCGCCAGAACUACCCCACGGCCACCGGUUACAAGAGCCAGAUGAUGGGCCAUGGUCACUACAACCAAGGCAGUCAAGGUCACGGUACGGCCAACUACCUCCACCGGGGACACAUGUCUCCGCAGACUGGUGACAACGGUAUGGCUGGACUGGCGAACGGCCUGGCAGCCAUGAAUGUUCACGGAUCAUACGGCGGCUCCAUGACUUCGAAGGCAGGCGCUGUCCUUCCUGGAAACGCUUCUGAGUAUGGCGGCCUGCCAAUCAACCAGGGCCAACUGUGGGUUCCUAACAUGAACCCCAUGUACGGCGUCAUGGCCGGUGCCCAGCAGCAAUCUGGUAUGACCCACUCACCGGGUAUCUAUAACCACACCGGCACAUUCGUGCCCCAGAAUGCCUAUGCGUACGCCCAAGGCAUGGUCGACUCUCCGAUGGGCAACGGCUGGGCGUCCCGUGUCUCCUCCGGUGAUAUGCCCACACUCAUGACGCCGCGUCGCGACUCAAUCUCGUCCAACGAAAAUGACAUUCCCGGCACACCCUAUACGAGUGCUGGUCUGUAUCGCUACGGCACCUCGACCGCCAUCAUGGAUCGCUCGCCGAACGGAAUGUACACUAGCAGCGCGACCCCGUCGCCUUCCCAAUUAGCCCAGUAUGGUGUUCAGCUCGUCAAUCCGAAGCAGGCAUCUGUUGCCACCAUCUCGCCUCAGCUCGCCCAGAUCCUUCAGAAGGAGCCACCGAUCCCCCGAGCCAUUCCGGCACCUAGUUCUCCGCUUAAGCCGCUCGACCGGAGCCUGGAGAAUAAGACUGGCGAGACGAACGUCUACAUUCGUGGCCUCCUGCCAGAGACUACUGACGAGAUGCUACACGCCUGGGGCAAGCGUUUCGGCGAUAUCCAGAGCUCGAAGUCGAUCAUCGAUUUGAAGACCAACCUCUGCAAGGGCUUUGGGUUCAUCAAGUUUCACAACUUCGAGGACGCCGAGAAUUGCAUUCGUGGCUUCCAUUAUCUCGGCUACGAGGUGUCUUUUGCUCGCGAGUCCUUUUAUUCGAAGCUCAAGAAGUUCGCGGACGAGUCGAACACCAAUUUGUACGUCUCGAACAUCCCCAAGAACAUGAGCGAACAUGAACUCAGUGCCAUCUUCGCCCCGCACAAAGUCUGUUCCACUAGGAUUCUUAGGGACCCCUCGGGCCAUGGCCGCGGUGUUGGCUUCGCUCGAUUUGAGACGCGUGACAUCUGCGAGGAGGUCAUCAAGACUUUCAACAACACACCUGUUGCCAAGCCGGGUGGUGACGAGCACCUCAUUCAGAUCCGCUACUCAGACACUCAUGAGCAGAAGAUGCUCAAGCAGCAGACAGCCGCCGGCCGUGUCUUCCGCGCUGCUGAAUACGAAGUUGGCGUUGCCCAAGCUCGUGCUUUAACUGGCGGACCCGAUCGCUACAUGUCCAUGUCUCCGGACUCCCAGGGCGCCGCCAAUGAGUUCGAAAUCUUCCUGCAGCAGCAGUCAACGGGCAACCCGACCUCGUACGGCCCUGCUACGAACCGAUACCGCCAGCCUUGGACCCCUGCCGUUCCCUCGAGCUUGGGCAUGUCUCGCCCAGCUAUGCAUCAAAUGGCUCAUGCUCCCGUCUUCAAGGUCGAGGAUGGUGGUUCCGAGCGUGGUACCGACGUGAAGACGAAUCCCGCCACGCCGAUCAAGCAGGAGGCUUCAUCCUCACCGAGUCGCCACAACGGCGACGAGUGA